AUGGAGCAUUCCCUCAACAUCAACGAGGGCCCGUCAGGGGCGGCGGAGACCCCGCAGCCGUCUGCGGACCCCGCCCGCUCCUCGAGGGAGCAGCCCGUGCGCUCGCCCCUCAGCGAGCACGACGGGCCCCCUUCCACAGCCAGGCCUGGCCUGAUUUCCUGCCGGCUCUCCAGGGAUCGGCUCCUCCACCCAGACGGCGAAGAAAGAGACCCUCGGCUGCCGCUGCCUCCGGCUUCCUCCGCGCCGGCCCCGCUGCAGCUCCUCGUGGCGGCCGCCAAGAGCUGGCCGGGCUCGAAGCCACCCGCCAGGGCCUCCUGGCUGCUGCCAUCGCGGGCCCGUGCGGCGCGCGCCCCCCCGCCGCCGCCUGAGCCUUUUGUUCCUCCCUUCUUGCCUCUCGCCUUUGCCGCCGCCGCCGCCGCCGCCUCCUCCUCCUCGCCGGGCACGGGCAGCCUUCGCGCGCUCGCGCACAGCGCCGUCGAGGCCCGGGGGUUUUCUGGGCGCGUGCGCCAUUCCUUUCCCCUCUCUCCCUCGGUUGACGGCGGCGCGCACCCGCCCCAGUACCUUCGACGGAGCGGCUGA